AUGCAAAACACUCAAGUAUAUACUGGGUCUAAGCGACGACACGACGGUGUUGCUCUAAAUCAAAAUUAUGGUGAUACCUCAGUUAAUCAAGCCGUCUAUGAAAAUUUGCAGGCAUUGAUUAGAACAAAGAAGAUAUUCGUCGGCGGAUUACCACAGAAUACAAAAGAGGAGGACUUGGUGAAGUUCUUCAGUCAAUUCGGUCCCGUCGACCACGCUGAUUUAAUAAGAGAGAAGGAAAAUGGACGCUUUCGAGGAUUUGGAUUUGUCUACUUUAUGAAUGAGGCAACGGCAGAGAGUGUCAUUCACCAUAAAUACUUCUGCAUUAAUGAUAAAAAGGUUGAAGUUAAAAAAGCCCUUCCAAAAGAAGUUCUCGAAAAUCAAAAUGCUGCGCUUCAAGCAGCGGUGUCAAUGGUUUCCGGGCCAAACCCCAAUUCGUAUCUCACACCGGCAGCUAACAAUCAUCCUGUUGCGCCUGUUGCUGCUGGACCAUCGAAUCCCACGUUAAAUCCUCUCGCAAUUCCACCAAGUUAUCUGCAAGGCACUGGUUUAAAUAAUUCAGCAAAUCCCGCUCUUCCGGUUCGGCAACAACCUGCCCCACAAGUUCCACAGCAACCAAGACUUCCCCUACCUACUAAUAUGCCCUACGCACUUACCCAAGAUCAGAUAGCUCAGAUUCUCCUUUCAACUUUACAGACUGCUCAACCAUCACCAUACCCUAGCGCCCAACCUAUAGUGUAUAAUCCAAAUACACUCAUGGCGGAUUUUUCACAACUACCAUACGCGGGUAUAAAUCCAGCGCAAUUAAUCCAAGGCUUGAAUGGCAACACCCAGGCUGGGUAUUAUAACCAGGUUCCAAUGGCUCCACCCCAACAACUGGAUCCAUUUUCACAGUACUGCGCAGCUCAGCUCGGUCAACUGAAUCCCACAGCCGCGGCCCUAUUGCAACAAAUUCAAGCUGGACAAGCGAUGCGUAUUCCCAUUCCAACUGCUCCUACACCUAUUCCAACGAAUACGAUCACUUAUGGUCAAGCAUUACCAACACAGGAUCGAUUGACUAUCCCUUUGCCAAGUGCCCAACCAGCCAUUGUUCAGCAUGGACCCAAACUAAACAACCAUGGCAGUGCUACUGGGCAACCCGCCUCAUCAAGUAACCCAAAACCGUCGAAUUCAACUGAAAAACAACCUCCAGUACCUCAAAUCAAGACGGAAUUGGCCGAUGGUACUUCGGGUUCAUUGCCGAACAAAAUGCCUCGGUAA